ACCCGCCUGCAGGGUGGCCUCCAGCACCUGGUGUUCAACAAGGUGCUGAGGCUGCGCGCCAGCGACGACCGCGCGCUGGGCCAGGUCGUGACCUUCUGCUCGAGCGAGCAGGAGCGCAUGUUCGACGCCAUCCACAUGGGCAGCAUCACGGUGGGCUCGCCCGUCAUGUUCAUCAUGGCCGUGGGCUACUCGUGCUGGCUCAUGGGCCCCUACGCGCUCAUCGGCAACAUCAUCAUCCUGCUCUUCUACCCCAUCAUGGGCGUGGUGGCGGCCCUCACGAGCCGCGUGCGCACCAACACCGUGCAGCUCACCGACAAGCGCAUCAACAUCAUGAGCGAGAUCCUCAACAGCAUCAAGCUCAUCAAAAUGUACGCCUGGGAGGACAGCUUCGCCGACAACGUCAAGGAUGUCCGUGAGCACGAACGCGUGCAGCUGCAGCGCGCCGCCUUCCUCCAGUCCUUCAGCAGCACCAUCUCGCCCUCCAUCACCAUCCUCGCCGCCAUCUGCACCUUCAUCGCCUACACGGCGGCCGGCUACGAGCUGGACUCGCAGAUCGCCUUCACCGUGUACUCGGUCUUCAACGCUCUGCAGUUCACCGUGGCCACCCUGCCUUACGGCAUCAAGUGCAUCACGGAGGCUCGCGUGUCCUUCCAGAAGAUGGAGAAAUUCAUGCUGAAGCCCGACAUGAGCACCCACUCCGACAAGUACGUGCCCGUGUUCAACUCGGGCGAGACGGCCCUGGGCAUGAAGUCCGCCUCCUUCGUGUGGGACGACGCCGACGCCCAGGGCGUCGACAACUCGGGCUUCGAGGGUGAAAAAGGGAACGAAACCGCGUCGCUGCGCAACAUCGAGAUGAACGUGAAGAAGGGCGCGCUGAUCGGCGUCUGCGGCUCCGUCGGCUCCGGCAAGACCUCCCUGCUGUCGGCAGUCACAGGAGACAUGAUCUGUGUGGGCGGUGACAUGCAAAUCAACGGGAGCGUGGCCAUCGUCACGCAGCAGGCGUGGAUCUUCAACGAGACGCUCCGGGAGAACAUCAUCUUCGGCCUGCCGUACGACGAGACCCGCUACCGCCGCACCAUCGAGGUGUGCUCGCUGACCCGCGACCUGGAGCUGCUCCCCAAGGCCGACAUGACGGAGAUCGGCGAGCGCGGAUCCAACCUCAGCGGCGGCCAGAAGCAGCGCGUCAACCUGGCGCGCGCCGUGUACGCCGACAAGGACAUCAUCCUGCUGGACGACCCGCUGAGCGCCGUGGACGCGCGCGUCGCCAAGCACAUCUUCGACAAGUGCAUCAAGGGGGCCCUGGCCAACAAGACGGUGAUCCUGGUCACGCACGGCAUCCAGUUCCUGGAGGAGUGCGACGAGAUCCUCUACAUGAAGAACGGCAUGGUCUCGGAGCGCGGCACGCACGAGCAGCUCAAGAAGAAGGGGGGCGACUACACGCACAUGCUGUCCUACGACCAGAACCGCGAGGAGAAGAAGAAGGAUAAGAAGGAGGAGGUGGCCGAUGUCAAGGACCUGGACGAAGAGCCGCCGAUUGAUGUCGCGGGUGGCACACUGACCGCCCACGAGGCCCACAAGUCCCUGGGCUUCAAGGCAUACAUCGACUACUUCAAGUUCUGCGGUGGCCUUUGCAUCAUGCUCAUUCUGUUCACCCUCAUCCUGGCCUUCGUGCUCACACAGCUGUUCGCUGGCCUGUGGCUUCAGAUAUGGCUCGACUUUGGUGACGGCAAAGGGGGAACGAGCGUCAUCAACAACCCUAAUCUAGGCACCUACCAGAUCAUCUACGGCUCCACCUUCGUCCUCAUGUUGGUCACCGGAAGUAUUAAAGGGUACGGGUUCGCCCGGCAGCUGGUUCUCGCCUCCUCCAAGAUGCACGACACAAUGUUCAGAAAGGUGAUGCGCUGCCCAGUGGCCUUCUUCGACGUGACGCCCGUGGGCCGCAUCCUGCAGCGCUUCUCCAAGGACAUGGACGAGCUGGACGUGAGGAUUCCCUACUACCUGGAGUACGUCGGCCAGGGCAUGAUCACCUGCAUCGGCCAGAUGAUCAUGGUGUGCAUCAUGUACCCCAUGUUCUCCGCCGUGCUGGUCGUGGCCAUCGCCAUCUUCUCCUUCCUGGAGGUGUGGCUGAACCGCGGGCUGCAGCAGAACAAGAGUCUGGACAGCAUCCGCAAGGCCCCCGUGCUGAGCCACCUGUCGUCCACCAUGGCGGGCCUCAACGUGAUCCGCACGUACGGGCGCCAGGACGUGCAGCUGCUGCGCUUCCGUCGCCGCCUCAACCGCUCGCUCGCCUCGGACCUCAUCUACCGGUCGUCGGUGCGCUGGUUCACCUUCCGCAUGGACAUGAUCUGCGUCGUGCUCGUGGCGCUCACGGGUCUGGUCACCGUCCUGCUCCGGGACGACGCGUCGUCCGCCAAGAGCGGUCUGGCGCUGAGCAGCGUGUUCGCCGUGUGCAACGUCAUCCCCUUCGUGAUGCAGAUGGCCUCGGAGCUGCAGGCCCGCUUCACGUCGGUGGAGCGCGUGCUGGAGUACACGAGCGGGCUGACGGAGGAGGCGCCGCGCCGCAUCCCAAACAGCCCCAAGCCCAAGCAGUGGCCCGUGCGCGGGGACGUGCUCAUGGAGGACGUGGAGCUGCGCUACCGCGAGGGGCUGCCGCUCGUGCUGCAGAAGGUCAACGCCGACAUCCACGGCGGCGAGAAGAUCGGCGUGGUGGGCCGCACCGGCGCGGGCAAGUCCUCGCUGAUCAACACCCUGCUGCGCUUCCAGGAGCUGGCCGGCGGCCGCAUCCUCAUCGACGAGGUCGACAUCUCCAAGAUCGGGCUGACCGACCUGCGCUCCUCCAUCGCCAUCAUCCCCCAGGACCCCGUGCUGUUCGAGGGCACCAUGAGAUUCAACCUCGACCCGUUCGAGGACUUCUCGGACGAGCAGAUCUGGGAGGCGCUGGAGAAGUCGCACGUCAAGGAGAAGGUGGCCCGCGAGGAGAAGCAGCUGCUCACUCUCAUCAGCGGCGGCGGACAGAACUUGUCCGUGGGAGAGAAGCAACUCAUCUGCCUGGCCCGUGCCGUCCUCAGGCGAAACAAGAUCCUCCUCUUGGACGAGGCCACCGCGUCCGUGGACGUGGAGACCGACUUCCUUAUCCAGCGCACCAUCCGCGAGGCUUUCCACGACUGCACGGUCCUGACCAUCGCCCACAGGCUACACACCGUCGCCACCUACGACCGCGUCAUGGUCAUGGACGCCGGCAAGGUCAUCGAGUUCGACACGCCGGCCAAGCUCCUCGGCGACGCCAACUCGGUAUUCCGACAGAUGUCGGAGGCGGCUGGAGUGACGGUGGAGACCAUGGAGGCGGCAUCGUGAACAUCCUCCUCCAAGAUUUUAGAUUAUUUAUUUAUUUAACUUUUAAUGCAAGUACAAAGAUCACAAUCCACCACCAGCCCUUCACUUUCUCACAAUACAGCAGUUUUGAUUGUCAAGGGAUGUUGGGCAUUUUGAGGGCGAAAGUAAUGUUUCUUCCCUUAACACGUUCAGAGCGGCGUGAUCACUAUGUGGCCACGCUUUGCGGGGUUUUCAUACCUUCAAGAUGCACAGCCCCUCUGAACAUAUUAAUUCAAUAUGCACGUUGCUGGCCGUGGAAAAAGGAUGUGGUCAAGACAGAUUAUCGUGCACGGCAGUAGCUGAACUAAACCAGACAGGAGCGACGAACAAAGAUAAAAAGGAGGGUCGAGCACAAAACCAAAGACGCGACAGCCAUCACCGUACGAUCCUCCUCCCCUAGAACUUUCGUAUUUCAGCUGUGAUAAGUUUGAUGAAGAGUGUGUAAAUAAGGAAAAAAUACUCUAAAACGAGUAUGCCAUUCUUUCACCUAAGUGUGUUUUGAUGUAGACGUUACUGUAAUAAGGAAGUGUGAUGAUAUUAAUAAAGGAAUGUAUGGACUGAUACAGAA